AUGCCAAACCGGAACAGUUGGGGAAAGGGUUCCGGGGCACAUGGUAUGGAAGUUCCACUCCAAAUUUGUCGAAAAAACGAUACAGCUAUAGAUACCACUGAUGCUUUCACAACUUCAGAGAGAUUUGUCACACGGGAAGAAGUUAUCCGUUGGGUUAAAGAGACUGGAAUUAACAAUAAAGUGACCGUUAUUAUCACGCGUUCAGAGACACCGAAACAGGCAAAAGAGGAAGAAGUAACAAAAUCGACUCCGGCAAAAGAUGGUUCUGGAUGGAAGGUUGAUGUAAAGUGUGGAGUUCAUAAUCAUGGUUUACCAGAUAGAUUAGAAGGUCAUUCAUUUGUUGGUAGGUUGACAGCCGAUGAGAAGCAGCAUGUUGCUGAUUUGACAAAGAGACAUGUUCCGCCUAGACACAUAUUGAUUUCCUUGCAAGAGCGAGAUCCUGAGAACGUCACUCGGAUCACGCAGAUAUACAAGCAUAAAAGUGUGAUUGAAGCGGAGAUAAGAGGUCCAAGAAGUGAGAUACAACAUUUGUUUAAGCUUAUAGAGGAGGCGAACUAUGUUUAUUGGAGUAGGAAACGGGAUGAUUGUGAAGUUGUGAGAGAUAUUUUUUGGGCUCAUCCAGAUUCGGUAAAGUUGCUGAAUCUUUUUCCUACUGUCUUGAUUAUGGACGCCACUUAUAAGACCAACAAAUAUAGACAACCUCUGUUUGAAAUAGUUGGUAUGACAUCGACCGAGUUAACAUUUGCGGUUGCAUUUGCUUAUAUGGAGUGUGAGCAGACAGAGAGUUUUAUUUGGGUCUUGGAUAAGCUGAAGCAAUUGUUUGUGAAGAAAGAUGUGGUUCCACAAGUGAUUUUGACGGAUAGAGAUCUUGCUUUGAUGAAAGCAGUUGAAGUUGUUUUUCCUACGACGCAUAACUUGCUAUGUCGUUUUCAUAUUAACAAAAAUGUUGGGAUGAAAUGCAAGGAAUAUGUGAUGAAAGACAUGCAAGAGACAAUAGGCACAUUGUGGAAAGAUGUUGUAUGGGCUAGUAAUGAGGUUGAGUAUGGUGUACGGUUGCAAUAUCUUGAACAAGCAUGCUUUGCUUGUAAUGACUUCCUCGAUUACGUGAAGAACACUUGGUUGAUCCCACAUAGGCAAAGAUUUGUAGGCGCAUGGAUUAAUCGAGUGCUUCAUUUUGGUAAAACCACGACAAAUCGGGUUGAAUCUGCACAUUGGAAGCUAAAGCAGAUGAUAGGAGACAACCUUGGUGACAUGGUCAAAGUUUGGGAAGCUAUGAAUUCUAACCUAAAAAUCCAAAUAGGUAACAUUCGAGCUUCGUUUCAAAAAACUUUUUAUGAGGUUGAGCACGCACACAUUAGUCCAUUUUAUGAUAAUUUGCGUGGUUCAGUAUCGAGAGCUGCUUUGAGACGCAUUGCAGAAGAGUUAUCGAGGCUUGAUUAUGUGCUAAAUAGUAGGGGAAAAUGUGGUUUUACUAUGAGAACAAGUUAUGGGCUACCUUGUGCUUGUGAGAUGGGGAGAUUGAUUGUUGUUGGAAUCCCAUUACAAGUAGUAAGUGUUCAUCUUCAAUGGAGGAUACUAUCUAUGGAAGGUGACUUGCCUUUAGACGAGGAAGCCGGUUCGGAGGUUGAUAUGAGUAAUGCAAUUGAUGAAUUGUGGAGAAGGUUUAACUCACUAGAUGUUGUUGGAAAAAGAGCAUUGAAAAGUAGGGUUUAUGAAAUUGCAUAUCCCACAACAACUUCAUUGUGUCCACCACCUGAGAAAAUAAAAACUAAAGGCAGAGUGAAGAGGAAGGGGAAGAAACCAGUUGGGUAUGAUGUUUAUAGGGAUCCUUCAGGUUUUGAGUAUGCUGAUCAGGCGUCUCAAUCUUCACAAAAACAAUCGCAAGCAUCACAAACUUCUAGGAAGCAAUCACAGCCAUAUAUUACCGAGAUAGUUAAUGUUGUAGCAGAUGGUAGUUGUGGAUUUAGAGCCAUUGCAUCGUGGCAUGGGUAUAGUGAGGAUGGUUGGGCAAUGGUUCGUCGUGACUUGGACAUGGAAUUAAGAGAAAAGAAGGACUUAUAUGAGAGAUUGUUCGGUCCAAAUGAUUCGAAGUGA